AUGCCUCCAGACUACGAAAUUCCGGAACUUGACCUGUCCGAAUUGAUUUUUGUGGAGCUUCUCCAAGAGCCAGAAGAUCUUAGUGACAAAUACAGAAAGGAAGAAUAUCGCAGGGCUUGCGUCUCCCGGGCUCGCUGGCAGGAGAAAGACUGUAUUGUGAAAGUGUUCCAUCCCACUCCGCCUGGGCUUAUAUUUCCAGCGCAUCGUCAAGUUGAUCCUUUUACAAACGAAACUCGCGCGUACAGUCGGCUGAAAGCACGUGGAUUCUGUGAGCGAGGUGAUAUCCCGGACGUCUAUGGCGUGAUUAAGCAGAUUAAUCCUGCGUCCGAGGGUUGGGGUUUUCUCCGUCCUUACUUCGAAGACGGUCCACGCCCAAAUGCUAUUGUCAUUGAAUACGUUCCAAAUUCACGCAUCAUCGACUUGUCCAACUUCUCAGACGAGGCGCUCAGAAAUCUCAGACAUAUUCUAACCGAGAUGCACGAGGCCUGGGUAUACCACGGUGAUCCGUACCCGCGAAACAUGUUGCUGCAGGAGGGCUCUGGCAGGGCUCUCUGGAUCGACUUCGGUUCUGCCCAGACUUACGCACCGGGCAUAGUGACGGAGCGUCAACGAUCUUGGUUUGUAUCGGAGGUUAGGUUGAUGGAUGAGUUUAUUGAAGAACUGACUUUUGACCACAAGUUAGGCAAGAUUUACAAGUCGCUGGGAUGUUACACUGCCAUGUUUGAUCCACCAGAAGGCUACCUUACCGAGGAGGAGCAACGAAGAGCGGACGCGAUUGAGCAGGAUGAGAACAAGAAUAAAAAUCAUGGGAAUUGGAAAUGA